ACAAAAUUAUCUCAAACACGCAUUUCGAUUUUAUUAAGAAUGAUGAUUACAAAAUUUAUACAAUUACAUAAAUAAUUACAAACAUUUUAAAUGAUCUAACUAAUUCAAAUAAAAACGAGGUUAGAAUUUACCAUGUCAAUUCGAACAUACCUUAAUAGAAAAGAUACAAAUUACGGCCCCAAAAAAUAAUGAAUAGUCCAAUCCUCCACCUGGUUGAAUUUGAAAACUUAUUAAAACUUCACCAUCAAAUUACAUCAGCUAUAAUUUUGCACAUCAAUUUGCAUAUUCCUUGAAAAGCAUUUAAAAAUUUCUUCAAGUUCAUCAAUCAACCAAACAUUGGGUUUAGAUCCCAUGAACAAAACAAACAUAACAUAAGAACUUAAGCUACAAACAAAUAAAUCUACCGGACAUGGACGGCAAUACCCUCCUCUUUAGCUUUGGACUUCAUCAAAUCUUCAUAUUUUUAAUGUUCUUAUCUGCAAACCCAUCCUUUUGUAAUCUUUCUAUUGCCAUAAACCAGAACCUGGUCAGAAGCUCAGAACAUGUACAAGAAAACAAUGCUAAAACCAAACCUUCCAUUGAAGCUUCUAUAUAAUAUGAUGAUGCCAUGGCCUAAAAUUUAGAACUUCCAUCGAAACUCCAACUUCAAACCUCCAUGGCCUACUCUUCACCACUUAGUUCUGUAGCCUUCUCAUUGCUUCUGAUUCUUGUGGCCUUUUGUUUGACUGCGCCACAUUCUGCAACGGUUCGAGGAUUGUCAAUCAGAGAAGCCACAGUGCAAGACCUGCAGUUAGCUUUCAAGCAAAACCAGCUCACUUCAAGGAGACUUGUCGAGUUCUACAUUGGAGAAAUUCACAGACUCAACCCAGUUGUCCAUGGAGUCAUAGAAAUCAACCCAGAUGCAUUGCUGCAAGCUUACAAGGCUGACAGAGAACGUGCGGCUAAGAAGCCUGGAUCGCUUUGUGGGCUGCAUGGAAUUCCAGUUUUACUCAAGGAUAACAUUGGGACUAAGGAUAAGUUGAACACUACUGCUGGAUCAUUUGCAUUGCUUGGCUCGAUCGUACCUCAUGAUGCAGGCAUAGUGAAGAGACUAAGGAGGGCUGGAGCCAUCAUCCUGGGAAAGGCUAGCUUGAGUGAAUGGGCUGAUUUUAGGUCCCUCACUGCUCCAGCUGGUUUGAGCGCUAGAGGUGGUCAGGGAAAGAAUCCAUAUGUUUUAUCAGCAUCACCCUGUGGAUCCAGCAGUGGACCCGCCAUAUCAGUUGCAGCAAACAUAGCAGCAGUGUCAAUAGGAACUGAGACCGAUGGUUCUAUCCUCUGUCCAGCUAGUUUCAACUCGGUUGUCGGCAUCAAACCAACGGUUGGCCUCACUAGUAGAGCAGGUGUUAUUCCAGUCUCCCCGAGACAAGACACUAUUGGGCCAAUUGGCAGGACAGUAACAGAUGCUGUAAUAGUUCUUGACACCAUUGUAGGAUUUGAUUACAAUGAUGCAGCCACUAGAACAACCUCCAAGUACAUUCCAAAUGGUGGCUACAAACAAUUCCUCAAUCCAAUUGGGUUGAAAGGGAAAAGAUUAGGAAUUGUGAGAAACCCCUUUUUCAGCUUCUUCAAUGAUUCAGCCAUCACAGAAGCUUUUGAGGAUCAUUUCAACACUCUAAAGCAAGGUGGAGCUAUUUUGAUAGACAAUCUAGAGAUAGAAAAUAUAGAUAUCAUCUUAAACGUGACUGCAAGUGGAGAAGCAGUGGCAUUACUUGCUGAAUUCAAACAAUCUUUAAAUGAGUACCUGAAAGAGCUCGUGGCUUCCCCUGUUCGAAGUUUGGCUGAUAUAAUCGCCUUCAAUAACGCAAACCCAGAUCAGGAACUGCUCAACGUUUUCGGCCAGGAGAUUUUUCUGGCGGCCGAAGCCACAAAUGGGAUCGGCGAUGUGCAGACGGCGGCUCUGUUGAACUUAGCAAAGCUGACGGAAGAUGGGUUUGAGAAGGUAGUGAAGAAGAAGCGGCUGGAUGCGGUGGUGACGCCAGGUUCCGGCAUAGCUACAGUUCUUGCAAUUGGGGGUUUUCCAGGGAUCAAUGUUCCGGCAGGAUACGACGGCGGAGGAGUUCCAUUUGGGAUUAACUUUGGAGGGUUGAAGGGAUCAGAGGCGAAGCUGAUUGAGGUUGCUUAUGGGUUUGAGCAAGCCACUCUGAUAAGAAAGCCUCCUUCCUUCAAGCCUUGAAGUGAAUCAAAUGAUGGUUUCUUAAUCAAUUGAGCUAUGAAUUAGCUUUCCAAAUUAAUUGGCAUUUUGAUUGUUAAGCAAUGAGUAUAAGAAGUGAAGCUACUUUGUGUUGCAAUUCCAUAACUCAAUUCUCCUACAUGUGAAUAGAAUUCUUGUUGUCUCA